AGAGAAAUUUCGUCGGGGAACAGUUCGAAGGAAAGCAUGCCUUGCGCGUUGUUGUGAACAUUUCGCCGGUAAAGCCCGGCAACAUGUCAGUUGUUAAACAGUUAAAUGUUUUGGCUCAGCAAUCUGAAAGUUUCAGUUUGAAGGCGAAAUGACUGGAUAUCCAUAUGGAGGUUCCUAUUUGUUUAUCUCGAUGGAGUGAUGGAACUGCUUCGCCCCCAAAUAUCAGCUCUGUAAGCAUCAGAAUGUAACUGAACGCGUUAUCCAACAACUCCACCUUCCUUUUCAUCCUUCCUUCUCCAGUACUUCUACCAAUAGCCAUGGCUUGCCCAAAGCCAACGAUGGAGUUCUAUUUUAACGAAAAUCGAAGCCUGGAGUCAACCACAGACACAAGUGAUAAUUUUUCCCUCUCCUCAACACCUAAGCCUCAUAUGGAUUUUAGGGGAUCCUUGUACAAAUCAAAAUACGAUUCAAUAUCUACUUAUAGUGGACUUGCUGGCAGAGCAUCCCCAGGUCAUGAUUUAGGAUAUCACACCUUGUUGACUAGGGACAGUGUAACUCCAACGCCAACGCAUACUCCAACCGUUCCUCGCAGAAAUUUUGAUACCCUCAGCUGUUCAUCUUCAUCAUUUCGAUGGAGUAAUGUGCCAUCCCCUAUGUGCAACAUGUCGCCGUAUCCUAGAUCUUCGGACAUUCCUCCCCCACCACCUCGCAAUCAUUGUGCAUCAACUCAUGCAACAUCAACUCAUUCCUCAUCAAUUGUUUCCGCUGCCAGGUCCUCAAGUUUGAAUGGUUCCUCCCAUUUGCUUGACACAACGCCACUCGUGUCGACGUUUAAAGGGAAAAAAUCUCAUAAAACAUCUUUCUUUGAUCGACUUAGCGACGAUCUCAUUUUAAAGAUUUUCUCCUUUCUAUCGAGUAAUCACCUCUGCGUUUGUGCCAGAGUUUGCCGAAGGUGGUACUUCCUUGCAUGGGAGCCUCAACUUUGGACUUCAGUAUGUCUUAGUAGUGAAAGAAUUCAUGUUGACAGAGGCUUGAAAACGUUGUUUCGACUCUUAUGUAGAGAUUCUCCAACAGUAUGCCUUGCUGUUGAAAGGAUUAAUCUGAGUGGUUGCUGUAAACUUACAGAUAAAGGACUUUUUACCAUCGCUAGGCGGUGUCCGGAACUGAAAACUCUAGAAAUAAGAGGUUGUGCCUUAGUGUCAAAUACAGGAAUUGCUGAGGUUACAGCGAGAUGUGUUCAUAUACUCAGACUGGAUCUUACAGGGUGCCAGCAAAUUACGACAAUACAACCUAAGAGUUUAUCCAAUGACAGAUCCGAUUCCAUGCUGGAUCACCCCGCAAGUUCCUUGCAUCAUCCUCAGGUUAUUCAUCACCACCAGAUACAGUUGUUCCUUCAGUUUCUGGAUCUCACCGACUGUCACGCUCUUGAAGAUUAUGGCCUGAAGAUAAUUGUCCGAAAUUCACCACAAAUAUCACAUCUCUACCUCCGCAGAUGUGUACAAAUUACAGACUGUGGAGUUAAAGCAAUAGCUAGUUACUGCAUGAUGCUUAAAGAACUUAGCAUCAGUGACUGUAUCCUGGUGACUGACUUUGGAAUGUACGAACUUGCGAAGUUAGGUUCCAAUCUGAGGUACCUGAGCGUUGCCAAAUGUGACCAAAUCUCGGACGCUGGAAUCAAGCAGAUAGCUCGACAUUGUUACAAGCUGCGUUACCUUAACGUGCGCAGCUGCGAAGCAGUGUCAGACUAUAGCAUGGAAGUGUUAGCCCGAAGUUGUCCUAGACUCAGGGCUCUGGACAUCGGAAAAUGUGAUGUUACAGACAAUGGACUUCAAUUAUUAUCGGAACAUUGCCCUAAUCUUCGGAAACUCAGCGUAAAAUCGUGUGAUAAUAUUACUGACCAAGGAAUCCAAGCUAUAGCUUUUUAUUGCAGGGGACUCCAGCAGUUAAAUAUUCAAGAUUGCAAUAUUACUAUCGAAGGAUAUCGGACUGUUAAAAAAUUUUGCAAAAGAUGCAUAAUUGAGCAUACUAAUCCUGGCUUUUACUGAUGUCCAUUAUAAAUUUAUUUUGUUGAAAUAAAAACAGUAAUGUGAACGCAUGUUUAAAUGAUAGCUAAAAUUAAGUAUGUUAUCCAUUCAGGCAUGUAUGUUUUCGGAAGCUACGUAAAAGAUACUUUUCCUAAUACUCACUGCUAAUUUUUUUCGCGUAUAUUUUGGAUUUCUUUAACAAGGUUUUAUUUUAUUUUUAUUACGGAAAUAAGAUAAUGUGUAAAAAUUGACAGAAGUACUUAUUCCAGAUAGUCAUAAGCUUUGAAUAUAACAUUAAAGAAAAUAUCCAAUUUUUGUACUUCGCCACAUAGGACGUUAAAUUUAAUUUCCACUUAACGCUAGGAUUUUUCAAAAAUAAUAUCGAAUUAAUAUACCCUAUUCCAUAAGUUACAUAAUAUAUAUAUGAGCAUAUAUGUAAUUUUAAAUUGUCUGUCAUAUUUAAUGAGAAAGUAUAAUAAUAUAACUUUUUAAAAAAUCACCCCUCAUUGCCAAAAGUGCUCUGUUGUUUUCUUUUAUUAGUUUUCAAAAAAAAUUAUGCUAUUCUUGUAAAGUAUUUGUAAAUAGCUAGGCUAAUUUAUUUAAAUUUGGGUACUACUUUGUAAUAUACUUUCAUGUAUUUAAGUAAUGUCUUAAUUGUAUAGUCAUUCAUCGUGAAACAUUCCAAAACGUUUACAAUGCCUUAAUACUAUGUAAAGUAGUGAAAAGAUAUACAGAAAUCAGGAACCUAGUUUUGUUCUAGCUUACUUGUUUCACUAUGAAGUAACUUUUGUUCGACUUCUUUUGCAGCGUACAAAAAUAUGUCAUUCUGUUCCUUUUUACAUGGCUCACUAAAGGCAUAAAAAAUGAAUUCCACUGUGCCACAUCUUAUGUAUAUACAGAUAAAUUUAUAUAUAUGCAAUAAAAUGAAAUUGUGAGCAACUUAAUGUCUUUGUAAAUAGCAUUGUUUUGUAGAACUGUUCUUUAUACA